AUGGCCAAGCAGCCAAUAAUCCAAGCUGCAUGGCGUUCCAUGCCUUUAACUCGCAUUUGUGAGCGCCAUGCGAUACUAAAGACUGUACCUAUGCGUAGUUGUAAUUCGCUGUUUGUUUCUCCACCUCAGUAUCCAUUUACUGGCUUUGAAAUCUUAUUUUUAGGCACAGGAGCAGGAUCACCAUCCGUCCGACGUAAUCCCACAGGCAUUUGUAUUCGUUUGGCACGUAGUAAUUGGAUGUUUGAUUGUGCGGAAGGAAGUUUACGUCAAUUGAUUAAAAGUGUCGUCCGAGUACCUCUUACUACGAAAUUCUUUGUCACACAUUUACAUGGCGAUCACGUGUAUGGACUGCCUGGUAUUCUGUGUACAUUGGACAAUCAUAAUGCUGACUAUAAAGACCCCGAGACGAGACUAAAGGUUCCACGACCUAUUAAUGUCUAUGGACCACUGGGACUAUUUUCGUACUUGAAUACGGCAUUCUGUACGAGCAGUACGAGGCUAACGAAUCUCAAGAUUAUCGUGCAUGAAUUAGUAGGUUCAGAGAUGCUGAAAAAGACGUCGGCACAUGAGAAAUUCAUGCGGAAUGCACCGAAACAUCCAAGUCUUCGACGCAAAUGGAUUCAUGCCGAGUCGGAUGGAAAUGGAGAUGUAUGGAAUGUCUUGGAUGAUGGCAAGUUUAUUGUGAAAGCGGCUACGUUAAAGCACACUGUUACGAGCUUUGGAUAUGUCGUUGAGGAAUACACUUUUCCUGGAAAAUUAGACGUAGAUGCCCUACGCGAACGAGGCUUACCGCCAGGACCAAAUUAUCGUAAACUCAAAUUAGGGGAAAGCGUCGAAUUACCGAAUGGAGAAAUUCUUCACGCAUCCGAGGUGAUUGGACCCAAGGCUCGUGGACGUAAGGUAGCAAUCCUUGGUGAUACUGCUGAUUCCUCCCGGAUGUAUGACAUAGCACAGAACUGCGAUGUUUUGGUCCACGAAGCAACGCUAAGCCAUAGAAUGUUCAAACAGGCGGUACAUCGUGGACACUCGACGGCUCGCAUGGCAGGGCACGCAGCAAAGAAAAUAAACGCGACAUUACUCGCUUUGACGCAUUUUAGCCACCGGUUCCGGCACUGGUCGGCUGACUUCAACGCAUUUACAACACUUCAUCUGGCAUUAGAAGCCCAGGAAUCGUUUGGUCGACGAGCAGUUGUGCCUGCAUCUGACUUCCUUCGCAUUCCCAUCCCGCGUCCACCUCACGAAUAA